AUGUCAGACUCCUUCAAAUACGAUGUCAAAAGUUCAGCUCGCUCUCUACAGGUAGCAGUGAGUACGGAACCGGCCACUAAAGGCCUGUAUCAAUACUUGGGCAGGUCUGGCCUUAAAGUGUCAAGAGUCAUUCUUGGUGCAAUGAGUUUUGGAGCACCAGAAUGGCAAGGUUGGGUUCUUGAUGAAGAAGAGUCACUUCCGCUUCUAGAACAUGCUUUCAAAGCCGGAAUUCGAACUUGGGAUACUGCCGAUCUCUAUUCGCACGGCCGAUCCGAAGAGAUUAUUGGUAAAGCCAUCAAGAAGUUCAACCUUCCUCGAGAAAAGCUUGUCAUCCUCACCAAAAUCUAUUUUGGCGUCACUCCCGAUACUUUAUCCAAUCAGCCAGGCUCGACUAUAACCAAUGAUGGCGAGCUUCUGAAUCAAACGGGACUGAGCCGCAAGCAUAUUCUCGAUGCUGUUGACAAAUGCACUGAGAGACUUGGAACCUAUAUCGAUGUGUUACAGAUACAUCGCCUGGACCGUUCAAUCCCAUUCGAGGAGAGUAUGCGAGCUCUAAAUGAUGUGGUGGUGUCUGGAAAAGUAAGAUAUCUUGGAGCUUCUAGUAUGGCCGCGUGGGAAUUCCAACAGCUCCAAAAUAUUGCUGACCGGCACGGCUGGCAUAAAUUCAUCUCGAUGCAAAACUACCAUAACUUGAUCUACAGAGAAGAAGAACACGAAAUGAUUCCGUACUGCAACAACACUGGCGUGGGCUUGAUUCCCUGGUCACCUGUUGCUCGUGGUGCCUUGGCCCGUCCAUGGGGUACUCGAAACACUCUUCGAGAGGAGAAAGACCAGGGCCUCCAACUGCUAGUUCGGGGAAGUGACAAUCAGGUCGAUGAAGCGAUUGUCAAUCGUGUUGAAGAGGUUGCAGGGAAGAUUGGCAAAACCAUGGCCCAAGUUGCAAUUGCAUGGACACUGAGCAAGAACAUGUGUCCUAUUGUUGGUCUGAACAAGAAAGAAAGGAUCGAUGAGGCUGUUGAAGCAACGAAAUUUCAGCUAAGCCAAAAGGACAUUGAUUACCUCGAAGAACUAUAUUUACCCAAGGCACGAGUAGUUUUAUAA